UGUGCUUUAGCCUGUAGCCGAAUUUGUGUUUGUAAAAUUAGUAAUUUAUGUGUUUGAUUUUAAUUGUAUUGUAAACUGAAAAUUCAAUUGUGUAAGUUGUAUAAGUUUGUUUAAAUUCACAAAGACAAUUAAUUGUGGUAAAAUAUCAAAAUGUCUGCAGACUCGGAUGAAAAAGUUGCGAUAGAAAAUGCGACGAAGAUUAUUGAUCGUCUGACGAAAGAAAUCGAAGCCUUGUAUAAAUUUAGGGACCUAUUUUUCGAAAAUCACCCUCUUGAAAUGGCAACUCAGAGAAACAUAAUAGUUGAAGAUAGAAAGAAGUUGCUUGUGGAAAAAUGUGAAACUAUAGACGUUGACACUCAAAUCCCCUUUUCUAUGCGCGCUCAGUUCCUUUACUUAAAAGGAAGAUGUUAUAACAUCGGUCCUGCGUAUGAAGGAAAGGCAUUACAAUACCUAAGUAAGGCAGUAAAGUUGAACCCAAGUCUCACUGCUGCUUGGAAUGAGUUGGGAGAGUGCUAUUGGAAAAAUAUGAAUAUGAAAGAUGCUAAAGCUAGCUUCGAAGGUGCAUUGAAAAAUCAACGCAAUCGUCUUUCUCUUCGUUGCCUCUCAGUAAUUAUUCGCCAACAAAACAAUGACAGAAUACAUCAUGAAAGAGUGGCUCUUCUAUUGAAUAGUGUUGAGAUGGCCAAGGAGGCAGUAGCACUAGACAUUAAAGAUGGAAUGUCAUGGAUGGUACUGGGCAAUGCAUACCUAUGCCAAUUCUUUACCGUAGCACAAGAUCCCAAUACAUUAAAACUAUGUAUGAGUGCUUAUAAGCAAGCUUGGUUGGAUCCAGUGGCAAGAGGGCAGCCAGAUUUGUAUUUUAAUAAAGGAGUUGCUUUGAAAUAUGAGGAGAUAUACGAUGAGGCUUUGCAGAAUUUUGUUCACGCGACUCGGUUGGACCCUCUGUGGGUGCAGCCGCAGGCAGAUUGUGAAAAACUGACCAAUUAUUUAAAGGAUACAAAUGAAUUGGUGCACACUCGGGGUAAAUUGAAGGCUAAACGAUUAGCUCAUUUAGUGCGGAGUAUUGAUAAGAAGAUGCUGGGUGUGUACAGUGAAGGUACUUUCCAUACGUUUGGGACACGUCGUGACGUCACACUGACGCUGUGCAGACUGGACGAGCUCAUUGCAGGCGAGAAUAGAGGAAAAGUUGUGCUCGCUAGAGUUGUCGGAUCUAUACAUAAUGAGAAUUCUGUACCAUUUACAUUUGCGAUUGUGGACGAGAGUUAUAUGUGCGUGUGUGUGACUGUUUACAACUGGGCUGAUGGACGCGGAGCUAUCAUUGGGGACUGCGUCGCUAUCCCUGAACCUUACCUCACUGUGCACAAACAUGAGUCGGAUUUAACGACCUAUGACUUCAAAUCACUACGGCUCAACAAUCCGUUGCUGUUAUUGGUUAACGGAAAGAGGGUAGACAAGAAUCAGUUCGCCUCCACUUGUAUAACCACCAAGAUAGAAAUCCAAUGACACGGAAAACAGUUGAGGGAUUUGAAAUUGAAGUAAAUUAGAUAUUAAAAUAUCUACUUCGAAGUAAAACCCUCAACUAUGGACUAAAGUUGGUGAGUUAUUGUUUAGAUUUUCUUACGGUUAACUCACUCAACGAUUUAUUAAAGUGAUUUCUCGGUGUAACAGUUAAAGUGUAGUGUCUAUAUUUUUAUCUAUACAAGCAUUUAUAGCUUGUAUUCUAGUGAUAUGUGUUGCAUAGCUGUUAAUAUUACUAAAAUCAUUUUUUUUGUCAUUACUAUAUUUUGGUGAUUUUUUUUUUAUCUUUUGGUUUGAUAUUUUCUCUGUUAUUUCAAACAGAAUGUAAGGAAUUAUAGAAAUCCACUGAAAAAUAAAUAAUUAGGAACAUAAAUAAAGAUGUUAAUUGUAUUAUGAAUUGGUGUGUUAAUAAAUUGUUUUUUUUUUAUUUUUAUAUUUGUUACAUUCCAAAAAGAAAACGACGCACAUUAAGCACUUAUUUUUUUGGAGUAAUGUUUUAGUCAUAUUUUGAUAUUUUCAAAUUAGCUGGUUUUUACAGUUUUUAAAUAUUAAUAAUUAGAAAUAGCACUGUCAUGGCAUAAUUUAUUGUAUUAAAUAAUUGUAUUAAAGUGGCUAUUGGAUGCUAUACUUAUUGAAUUAAGUAAAAUUAUUAAUAAUUAGCUUUUCUUGGAAACCAAAUUUUAAUAAUCUCAUGAACUAUCUUAGUACAUAUAAUUUUAGAUUUAAUAAUAUAAUAUAUUCAUUAAAAUUUAAUAAUAAUCGAAGUGUAAAGAAACGUAUGUGGCAAAAAUGGCGAUAGGGUAGUUUUUAACUAAAAAUUAAUUAAUCAACUUUAACUUGAUUGAAGUUGGUCUUAAGUAGUAAUAACAAAAAGCUUUGCUUAUUAAUAUGAUCUCUUUAAAAUUAUUAAAUUCUAAUUUUAAAUACUGAUGGCUCCUUUCUUGUUUCUUUAAUCACUAGAUAAAUACUUAAUUCUGUAUAGAUUUUAAAUUAACGUUGGUAAAGAAUGUUGUAAAUUAGUAGUAUUGGUAGUUUACUUUACUUAAUUACAUAAUAAUUAAAGUUUUGUUUUGCAAAAGUAGCGUUUUAAACAUACGGUAGUUAUAGGAGCCAUGGAUAUAUUCAUAAUAUAAUUUUAGUAUUUCACGUUAGGACAUAGACUUAUUAAUCUCAUAGAUAUACUUGAAGUUGUUGGUAAAAAGUAGAAAUUUUAGUCCUAUUGAAAUGCAAUUUUUAUUAAAUACAUGUAGUUGAAUUAUUAAUAAUAUAAUAUAUUGUAAUCUGCACUAUUAUAUUAUUCUAAAUUAUACAGAUUGCUAAAAUUUAAAGUAAAAAGUAUUUUCAUUUCAAAUUAUGUAAAAGUGAGGAAAUACAAAUAAUUUAUUUGUUACUUUUUUAUAAAUGUCUACGACAAAGUACUGUUUUGUCAAAUAGUCUUAUGUUAAUGCAACAAUUAGUUCUUUAUGUAGUACAAUGUUGUAAUUUGUAUUAGUCUUUUUGUUAUAGGAUGUGACAAAUGGGAAACUUGAUAAUUUAUCAUAACUAUCACGUUUGUUUUCUUGUGUGGAUUAUUAUUAUUUAUCAAAAAGACAUGUAUUCGUUAUUAAACCAUUUAAUACUAUAAUAUAAUUAAAUAAUAUCUUCUGCAUAUUUAAUGUCAUAAUGAUCAUGUAUAUCUUGUAGUAAUAAAAAAUAAAUAACAAA